AUGGGUUCCGUGAUUCUGCCUCACUUGCACUCAGCAUGGCACGUCGACCAGUCCAUUCUCAGCGAAGAUGACCGUCUAGUCAUCAUCCGUUUUGGCAAGGACGGCCAUCCGGACUGUUUGCGCCAGGACGAUGUGCUCGCCAAAAUCGCGGAGAAAGUGAAGAAUUUUGCCGUGGUUUACCUAUGUGAUAUUGACGAGGUGCCGGAUUUCAAUUCUAUGUAUGAGCUUUACGAUCCGAUGACAAUAAUGUUCUUCUUUAGGAAUAAACAUAUGAUGUGUGAUUUCGGAACUGGUAAUAAUAACAAGCUGAACUGGUUACUAGAGGAUAAACAGGAGUUGAUCGAUAUCAUCGAAACAAUCUACCGCGGUGCGAAGAAGGGUCGGGGUCUGGUCGUUAGCCCCAAGGAUUACUCCACGAGAUACCGUUACUAG